UGACAGCGGUGGGGUAUCGAAUGAAAGGGCUUUUUCUAAAUCAGUUGAUGAACAACAGAUGGAUUAAGAUAAACGACCAGGUAGGUAUCUGACAGUAUCCUUGUGUGUUUUUCCAAAGAUGAGCGCACCGAGUUACUCACCUUUCGGCCAAUGAGGCGUGAUGUCACUUCCGGAUGGUAUGAAGGGGUUUCGUGCCUCUCGGAUCUGUGUCCGAAAGCGAAAGAUGAUGUGGAGGGGUAAGAUGCUGCUGUUAUGGACGCUUUUCAUGAUUGCAGUGGAAGCGCAGGAAAUUCGAAUACCGGCGUAUAUCGGAAGAACGCAAAAUAGACCAGUGAUUCGUGUCGUACCAUCUGACAGUUUGGUUAUAAGAGUAAGGAAGCCUGACAUACCAAUUUCAGGGAAUGUUGGAGUUUUGAAUAGAACAUCCAGCAUCACUCGAAUACAGCCGGUUUUAUAUGACCCGAGAGUUAUUCCUCGAGUAAAUCUAUUAGGAGUUUUACACCGGAUGAGACUUCGGAGGAUAGCGGCACUCAUAGAAGCCACUCAACUGCAACCAUAUUUGCGUCAAGCUGGCCCUAUCACUCUGUUUGCCCCUACCGAUGAAGCUUUUGCAUUGUCGAAUAUACCAAAUGAUCCAAGGCAUUUACGAGAGUUUGUGCUCCAACACGUUGUUCAAGGCCGCGUGAUGCCAACGGACGUCCGCAAUGAUGUCACUCUACCAAGUUUAAGGCCAAGUGCAACACCUCUUCGAUUUAAUGUAUAUGAGGGCGGACAGAUGCUGAGUGUAUCAGGAUCUCAAUUUCUGGACGACGCUCGAGAUAUUGAAAAUAUCAGGAUCCAGCCAAUAGACAGAGUGUUAUAUCCCAUUUCUAAUGAGGAUUUGAUGAGCGAAGUGAGACUAACUUUUCCCCGCAUGCAUGAAAUGCUCAUGAAAACAUCUCUUACGCCGAAGUUAUUGAGUGGUACUUUCACACUUUUCUCUCCAACAGAAGAAGCAUUUGCAGCACUGAAUCCAGAAGUUAGGGAAAAAUUAAUGCAAAAUUCUACUCUAUUAACAAAAGUUCUUCUGAAUCAUAUUGUCCCUGGCACUCACUACAGCGCAGUUCUUGCCCAUGGAUAUGCGAUGAGAUCAUUAGGAGGAGAACCUAUUCACAUCACCAACAGAAGAGGCCUCAUUUUGGUCAAUGGAAUUCCCAUUGUUAGAACUGAUAUAUCUGUUACAAAUGGGGUUAUUCAUGCCAUUAACAGAUUGCUUCUCCCACCUGAGUUGUACACUAGAAGAAGACCAGCUACUAUGGCUCCACCUCCUAGAACUGAUCCAAUUCCUGCUCCUCCACCCUUCGUUAAGGAAUAUAUUCCUGUUCCUGUAUACGUGGAGCCCCCACCACCUGUUCCUCGAACACUUACGAAAACUUUGGCUACUCCAUUGCAAUUACCUGAUGGAAGUCAGAUGACAUUUUCUACAGCCAAUUCUCUCUUAAGAAGAUCCUUACUACUAAGCACUCUGAAGAAUAAUGGUUCUGACACUGGGUACACGAUGUUAGUGCCGACGGAUGCUGCUUACGCUGCUCUGGGACCAACAGGGCUGGAUCAGCUUCGUAGGAACUCUAAACUGUUACGUCGCAUGCUGUUGUGCCAGAUGGUGGAAGGAAGAUUGAACUUAUCCAGUAGUGGGGAAGAUAAAGAUCGACCUAUCAGAUCUCUAGGAGGAACUAUCAUUGUUAGUUCGUUCAAUGGUGGAAAUUCUCUGACUGUUGGUGGUGCUCGGGUCCUAUCUGUUCGUCAAGCCGCUGAUGGGCUGGUGUUAGUCACGGACAAAGUCACUUUUCCACCACCUUCUCGUACUGUAGUAGACGCCCUUAGCCCAUUCCCGAAGCUUACAGAUUUUGUUAAAAAUCGCAUCCAGGUUCAAGAUUCUCUUGCUACAGAUGGUUCUGUGUAUACAAUAUUUGCUCCAACAGAUAAAGCUCUGUCAGUACUUUCGCCCUCUCAGCUCACAGACAAAAAUUUUAUAUCAGAUUUAUUUUGGUCGCAUGUUGUUCCUGGAGCUUAUUACCGAAGUCGGCUGACUCCUGGACUCCGUUUGACAACAAUCAGAGGGAAUACUAUUUUAAUCCAUCGAUCACCAUCAGGUGAGCUGUUUGUUAACGAAAAACCUGUUAUUGGCGAAGAAAUUGUAGCUGGAAAUGGAGUAAUUCACCGCAUCGAUACUUUGCUCUUCUUCCCACGUGCCGCUGUGACUGAACCUCCUGUCAUGGGCCCCCAGGAUGAUAAUGACUUAAGGCGUAUAGCUAAUGAAUUUAAUGCUACCUUGUUUAUAGAUUGGAUGAAGAAAGCUGGCCUAGAGAAUAUUUUGCAAACAAAAGCUUUACAAAGCAGUGGAUGCACCUUGUUUUUACCAACGAAUCACGGUCUGAACAACAUGUCCCCAACGCUUCGUUCAAUCACUGUCGGAGAUCCUCAAAGACUGAGGAAGUUCAUCCGCUUCCACAUCAGUCCACAGGUGCUCAGUUGGAACUCAGUCUAUGACAAUUCGUUCAUGCCCACAUUACUGCCCUCGAAAAGAAUAAGAUGCAACAUAUAUGCAAAGGGAAGAAUGCCUGGUAGUCUUACAGUGUCUGGUUGUCGAGUGACAGCCAUCCGUCCCCUUUCACCGCAAUCUAAUGUGACAAUCGCAGUAAUCAAUGAACCUAUGGCUCCACCUGUGGGCGACUUACCUCUCACCAUAGCUAAGACGCCCAUGCUAAAGAAUUUCACAAAAAUUCUUAAAGUAUCCGGAUUGGACAAUGUUCUCACAGAUGAAGGUCCAUACACUCUCUUUGCGCCUAAUGCUUGCGCUUUUGCUGACAUGGAUUCUGAAGAAUAUCAACGACUGAUCACUAAUAGAAAACUGGCUAUAGAAUUUGUGAAAAGAUAUUUGGUAAAAGGUUGUUAUUAUACCAACGGUCUUCAAGAUGGUCAGACACUGCUUACAGAAGCGAACACAUAUCUUAUUGUUCAAGUCACACCAGAUUGCAUCAUAAUAUCAGGAUCCAAAGUGCUUUACGGCGAUAUGAGUACAACAAAUGGAGUUCUUCAUGUCAUUGCUAGUCUCGUAACUUCAUGAUUUUCAAGCUCAUUUCAAUAUUUAUUUCAAACAAACUAUUUAACAGAAAGUCUUGACUAAGACAGAAGAAGUUUGUGAAAAAAAAAAAGGAUUGUUGAAAAUACGUUGCAAAUGAAUAAAAUGUAUCCACGAAAUGUGAAACCA